AUGUCAGUAUACAAGGCUGUAUAUGUACAGUCUAUGCUCCCGAGGCACCAAUGCGACGGUCCUCUCUGAGACGCCCCGUGGCUCCCAAACGCCUUUGUUACUCUCCGGUCAUAACAGAAAAUAGCAAAAAGAAAAAAACAAAAUCCCCCAUAGAAAAGAAUGCUGAGAAAAAGCAGGUAAAGGAUGAAGAUGCCACCAAGAACAGUGUUGUGGAACCUAGUAGAGCUGAAACAACUAAUCGAUUUAAUCGAUUAUAAUCGAUUAUUAAAAUAGUUAACAACUUUUUUAGUCAUCGAUUAGUUGUUUAAUAAUCAUAUUUUACCGCAUAAAGUCUAUUUUUUACCACAAUCUGACAUCGGUUACAAGCUGUUAAAUUUGCCGCCAGUGUGUGGCAGUAAUGAGCCACUGAUCUACCAGUGGAGCCGUAGAAGAAGAAAUGAGCCAAUGGGUGCCCUCGGUUUUCAUGACGUAUCACGUUACUGACGCUCAUCUUGCUGUGAGAAAAUGGCGGAACAAGAGGAAAUACGGAAGAAAAAUAGAAGCGACAAAACUGAAGAGAAACCCCGGACAAAAACCUCACGAGUAUGGGAGCACAUUUGAGACGAAAGCAUGUGGGGGCUGAUGCAGCAGAGGAAGAGCACCGCGGUCAAGUGAGCCGUCAUUUGGAAGAGCCAGCCCGAAUGGUUACGGAGGACUUUCUGAGUAUGAACUGAAGCGCCUGGAGAACAUCAAACAGAACCAAGCUUUUCUGUCUUCUAUCAACCUGCUCCAGGCAACAGAAGACCUGAAGCGGUCAACACGACGAAAGUGUUCACAGAAGGGGCUGAGGUGUGUCGAAUGGCAUCAGUCUACUCUCGUACCUGCGUCAGCCCCGACAGCAUUCAGACCGGCGAGGCUCCGGUGGUUUCUGAGACCUGUGAGGUUUACGUGUGGGGCAGCAACAGCAGUCACCAGCUGGUGGAGGGAACUCAGGAGAAGAUCCUGCAGCCGAAGCUGGCCGCCAGCUUCACUGAUGCUCAGACGAUUGAGGCGGGUCAGUACUGCACCUUUGUUAUCUCCUCUGAUGGUUCAGUUCGGGCCUGCGGGAAAGGCAGCUACGGCCGGCUGGGCCUCGGAGACUCUAACAACCAGUCGACUCUCAAGAAGCUGACCUUUGAACCCCAUCGAGCCAUCAAGAAGGUGUUGUCGUCUAAGGGCUCUGACGGCCACACGCUGGCCUUCACCACAGAGGGCGAGGUGUUCAGCUGGGGUGACGGUGAUUAUGGGAAACUGGGUCACGGGAACAGCUCAACUCAGAAGUACCCCAAACUCAUCCAGGGGCCACUGCAGGGGAAGGUGGUUGUGUGUGUGUCUGCUGGCUAUAGACACAGUGCUGCAGUCAGCGAGGAUGGAGAGCUGUACACCUGGGGUGAAGGAGACUUUGGACGGUUAGGAGACGGCGACAGCAACAGCCGCAACAUUCCAACUCUGGUCAAAGACAUCAGUAAUGUUGGAGAGGUUUCAUGUGGAAGCUCCCACACCAUCGCCCUGUCCAAGGACGGACGCACUGUGUGGUCCUUUGGAGGAGGAGACAACGGAAAACUUGGACAUGGUGAUACUAAUCGGGUCUACAAGCCCAAAGUGGUGGAAGCCCUGCAGGGGAUGUUCAUCAGGAAGGUGUGUGCAGGAAGCCAGUCUUCUCUGGCUCUGACCUCCACCGGACAGGUGUUUGCUUGGGGCUGCGGCGCCUGUCUGGGCUGUGGUUCUUCUGAAGCUACAGCACUCAGACCCAAACUGAUCGAGGAGCUGGCUACGACCCGAGUGGUGGACAUCUCCAUCGGGGACAGCCACUGCCUGGCCCUGUCUCACGACAAUGAGGUUUAUGCAUGGGGGAACAACUCCAUGGGUCAGUGUGGUCAGGGAAACUCCACCGGACCCAUCACCAAGCCCAAAAAGGUGGUCGGCCUGGACGGAGUCGCCAUCCAGCAGAUCUCAGCUGGGACAUCCCACAGCCUGGCCUGGACCGCCCUGCCCAGAGACAGGCAGGUGGUGGCCUGGCAUCGGCCUUACUGUGUCGACCUGGAAGAAAGCACCUUUUCUCACCUGCGCUCUUUCCUGGAGCGCUAUUGUGAUGGCAUCAACAGCGAUGUUCCCCCUCUUCCCUUCCCGUCUUCCAGAGAACACCACAACUUCCUGAAGCUGUGCCUUCGACUUUUAUCCAAUCACCUGGCUCUGGCUCUGGCAGGGGGCGUGGCCACAAGUAUUCUGGGUCGACAGGCCCGGCCGCUGAGGAAUCUGCUCUUCAGGUUGAUGGAUGCAUCUGUGCCAGAUGAAAUUCAGGAGGCUGUCAUCGAGACACUUUCUGUGGGGGCGACCAUGUUGCUGCCUCCUCUGAGAGAACGGAUGGAGCUGCUUCACUCACUGCUGCCUCAGGGCCCAGACAGAUGGGAGAGUCUCUCUAAAGGACAGAGGAUGCAGCUGGACAUCAUCCUGACCAGCCUCCAGGACCACACCCACGUGGCCUCGCUCCUGGGCUACAGCUCUCCCACCGACGGACCUGAGGUCCCAUCCUCAGUUCUGACGUUCACAGCAUAUCCCGACCCUGCCUACGGCGCCACGGCGGGCCCACCCGACACACACCUGGCUGAGAUCCUCAUGAAGACGCUGCUGAGGAACCUGGGCUUCUACACCCCGUACGACAGCCUUCCCACCUCUCAGACCUGCUUUUUCCAGCUGCGUCUGCCACCCUACUCCACUCAGGCUGUCAUGGCUGAAAGACUGCGGUACGCUAUCAAUAACUGCCGCUCCAUUGACAUGGACAACUACAUGCUGUCCCGGAACGUGGAUAAUGCUGAGGGCUCCGACACGGACUACUGAUGUUUCCACGCAGAUACCAAACAGAUUCCUGGGAAUGACAGAGCACGGAGCGACUCGCAGCCCCCAUCGUAGCACACUGAGCAGAUGGACACCCUGACAUUUUAAGUUUUACGCUCAGAUCUUUUUUUUUUCUCUCUUGGUGGUUUAUUAGCAGUUUUAACAUGAAAAUCCACACAAGGAGUUUAAUUUGGGGUUUUUCGUUUCCCGCCUUCAGGGUUUCUGCAUGAAGAUGCUAUAGUUGUUUGGGAAUGUACAGGGAAUCAUCAAGAGGAGAGAACGUUGUACAUUGUGUAAAAUGCUUCAUUAGGAAAAUGUUUUGCAUCGUUUCCAUAUUUAUUGUUUUCAUUGCCAACGGCGGGUUUCCCAAAACAAAACAAACCCAAUAAAAUACAUGGAAUAUCUGA